GUAGUACGUGAGGCACGUACGCAGUGUUGGUUGAUUCUUAAAUUCACUCAGUUUUCAAUUCGAAACUCGCUGGUUCACAAUGACCGGUCGCGGUAAGGGAGGAAAGGGAUUGGGAAAAGGUGGCGCGAAGCGGCACAGGAAGGUGCUCCGUGAUAACAUCCAGGGUAUCACCAAGCCUGCGAUUCGACGUCUGGCGCGCAGGGGUGGCGUGAAACGUAUCUCCGGUCUCAUAUACGAGGAGACCCGCGGUGUUCUCAAGGUUUUCCUCGAGAACGUCAUCCGCGACGCGGUAACCUACACGGAGCACGCCAAGAGGAAGACCGUCACCGCAAUGGACGUCGUGUACGCUCUGAAGCGCCAGGGCCGCACCCUCUACGUUAGUGAGCGAGUUCGAGCAGUCGUCGUAAUGGCACGUACAAAGCAGACAGCCCGUAAGUCCACCGGCGGUAAGGCGCCGCGAAAGCAGCUCGCCACCAAGGCGGCCCGCAAGAGCGCUCCCCCCACCGGCGGCGUGAAGAAGCCUCACCGUUACAGGCCCGGCACCGUCGCGCUGAGAGAGAUCCGUCGCUACCAGAAGAGUACCGAGCUGUUGAUCCGCAAGUUGCCGUUCCAACGUCUGGUGAGGGAGAUUGCGCAGGACUUCAAGACCGACCUCAGGUUCCAGAGCUCCGCCGUGAUGGCGCUUCAGGAGGCGAGCGAGGCGUAUCUGGUGGGUCUCUUCGAGGACACCAACCUGUGCGCCAUUCUCACAAUGACCGGUCGCGGUAAGGGAGGAAAGGGAUUGGGAAAAGGUGGCGCGAAGCGGCACAGGAAGGUGCUCCGUGAUAACAUCCAGGGUAUCACCAAGCCUGCGAUUCGACGUCUGGCGCGCAGGGGUGGCGUGAAACGUAUCUCCGGUCUCAUAUACGAGGAGACCCGCGGUGUUCUCAAGGUUUUCCUCGAGAACGUCAUCCGCGACGCGGUAACCUACACGGAGCACGCCAAGAGGAAGACCGUCACCGCAAUGGACGUCGUGUACGCUCUGAAGCGCCAGGGCCGCACCCUCUACGGUUUCGGAGGUUAAGUUGGGUUCGGUCGUAUAUCCACUGAUAUAUACCUACCUACCUACCUACCUAACUUUAUGUAUUUUUCAACAACAAUAAAAAGGCCCUUUUCAGGGCCGCAUAUGUUUCGAUAAUAAAAAUAAAACGUUAUC